AUGGAUGUACCGGGGGCGCAUAUCUUGGCUUCCGAUUUCGCGGAGGCCUCGGCAGAUCCGACGGACGCUGACCCCUCAAGAUCACGUUCUCCCGUCGUAGUGAUUGGUUUGACUGCUCGAGGCGCUCGAGUCGCCGAUCAAACUCGGCAAAAGUUGUCUCAGUCGCCAGUGAAUGGAUGCACACCUACGCCGCCCGAUUACGACAUUCGUGGACGUCGUUGUCAACACAACGUCCAACGUCGCGUAGCUGAUCCGCGAACCCUCAAGCCAAGGCGAGCGCUUUCUCCACAGGCUCUGCAGUCUCGUGGCUCAGAGACUGAUCGCACUUGGAAUGAUUUCAUUUAA